AUGCAAGUCAUGGCCGUCGAUAAGUUUACCAUUAUGGGUGUCAAACUAUACGCUUUGGACUUAAGUCCGCCGGCGCGUGCGUGCAUGAUGGCCUGUAGCGUAUUCAACGUUCCAUUCGAGAAGAUAAUCGUCAACGUAACAGCUGGUGAACAACUUGCUCCAGAAUAUUUAAAAAAAAAUCCUCUGCAUACAAUACCAGUGCUAGAAGAUGGCGACUUAAUUGUACAUGACAGCCAUGCAAUUCUAGGGUAUUUAGCUGACACCUACGGAAAAGAUGACUCUUGGUAUCCAAAAGACGUCAAAAAAAGAACAUUAGUUAAUCAAAAACUAUUCUUCAAUGCAGCUGUCGUGUUCCAAAAAUUACGGAACAUCACUUUCAAUGUCUUAUUGAAAGGAAAAAAGACUAUAGAACAAGAAUUAUUGGAUGAUGUUGCAGAAGGCUAUGCGUUUAUUGAAGCAUUCUUGUCUCGCACAAAGUACAUCGCUGGUGACCAUGUCACAAUCGCUGAUUUAUCAAUUCUGAGUACUGUAUCUACUCAAGAGCAAAUCCUACCAAUAGACGACCAAAAGUAA